CCUGUAGAAAACUCCUCUUCGACCAAGUAGGCUGAUUUCUCCCCCAGAAAAUUCCUGGUCCUCAGAUGGACCUUGGUCGAGGCAGGCACGAGACGAACGGGCCUCAAGUGGAGAGUGGGACUAAGUGUCCACGCUUUCGCAUAACCAGAACCUAUUAGGAUGAGAAUUAAAUUCGCGGAGCUGUCUGUAGUACCGGCAGAAUCAGUAAAGUUGCAAGGCCUAUUGAGAAAGAAAUGUGGGACGCCGUUUGGCCAGCCGUGCUUCCGCGUUGAGGAGGAAGUCCAUCAAGGCAAUCCAGUCGGUGAAGUCACCGAGAGAUUUGAGAGUGAGAAGAUCGUGAGGAAGAUGGGAUGGAUCAUGGGUCAGCCACAAGAACGUGCCAAGACUUUCUCAACUUGACUGCCCGAAGACUCACAACCUAAUCUUUCAGCAGGCCAUGAAACUUUUGUCAUCACCCCAAAUCUAGCCUGAAAGCUUUAAACGUUUUCUCUCUAAAUAAAU